UAUUUCACCUUUGAGAGAAUUUACUCUCUCUAAAUAUUAAUUGACAUUACAGUAGUUACACUGUGACACAGUUGCUUAUGGAAAGAUGUAAUUAGCAAAAAUUAUGACUAUAGUUACAGAAGUAAUAAUAUCAGCUCAGAUGGGGACACUGAAGAUAACUUAGUUUGUUGCACUUCACAUAUGCUUCAUCUUUUCAUUUUUAUUUUCACCAUGGAAGCCCCAAAGUACAACUACAAUUAAAGGAAUCUACCCUUUGUUUUCCAUGAGUUUUCUCUACUCUUAUGGUACUUAAUUAUGCCAUUUAUCUUUUUUUACAAUAAUGUUAAAAUAUGCCAUUUUCUCUUGCAUUGCUGCUUUAGAGGGCAGCUCCCACAAAUGUGAGGAAGUUUGGAAAAAGCUCCACAGCUCAUACAAGAAAAGAUCUGGAGAGUGAGAAUAACUAUCAUAUGGAAAAUAUGAUAAAAAGAUGACACUUCUAUGUUAGCAGUAGACUAGCAUAUUGAAAUCUUGCCAGGGUAGUCAUUACAGAUAUCCACUAAAAUCCUGAAGACCUGUAUUCCAUUUCAGUUUUGCAGUUAAUUUAAGGCCACAGUGUCUGGUGUUGUUUGCUAGACAGCAACGUUCAAAUUAAAAAAUUACACGUGAGCUGUGAAGCAGAGAGAAACACUGAUGAAAGCUUGCAAGCUUAUGUACACGCACUGGACUAGGAUGUAAAAGCUGUGAUGGCCAGUCACCAAGCAGAAGUUCAGAGUUUGAAGCUUGAUAAUGAUUCAGUUAUAGAAGGAAUAAGUGACCAGGUACUGGUGGCAGUUGUGCUCAGUUUCACUUUCAUUGCUGCUCUGGUGUAUACACUUUUAAGAAAUGAACAUCAGAACAUACACCCAGAAAAUCAAGAGCUAGUGCGAGCUCUUCGUCAGCAGCUUCAAACAGAGCAGCAGGAUGCUUCUGCCGACGAUAGACUUCGCUUCUAUACAGAUAUGUCCUGUCCAGUCUGUUUGCAGCAGGCUACAUUUCCUAUAGAAACAAACUGUGGACACCUUUUCUGUGGCUCCUGCAUUAUUGCCUACUGGAGGUAUGGUUCAUGGCUUGGUGCCAUCCGUUGCCCGAUCUGCAGACAAACGGUAACAUUGUUUUUACCGCUCUUCAGUGAAGAUCAGCAGGAUGCAGCCCAAGUAUUUCAAGAUGUUAAUGAUUACAAUCGGAGGUUCUCAGGACAGCCCAGAUCUAUUAUGGAAAGAAUUAUGGAUCUGCCCACCUUAUUGCGGCAUGCUUUCAGGGAGAUGUUUUCCGUUGGGGGCCUCUUCUGGAUGUUCCGCAUCAGAAUAUUCCUCUGCUUGCUUGGAGCCUUGCUUUACCUGGCUUCACCUCUGGAUUUUCUUCCUGAAGCUCUCUUUGGAAUUCUGGGCUUCUUGGAUGAUUUCUUUGUCAUUUUUCUUCUGCUGAUAUAUAUCUCUAUCAUGUACCGGGAAGUGGUAACACAGCGGCUGAAUAGAUGAAAUGGACAAAAAUUACCCCAAAGCAGAGGCAGUUGUGGGAUGUAACAUAAGUAUGGUUUACCAAGGCACCUGUGUACAGUUUCAGUAGUUACAACUUCAUAGCUGGUCAUCUUAUAUAUGAAGGGUUCGUAUGUGGUGAUGCUUCACUGGACCCUUUAAUUACGUAUACUAUAUACGCUUCAUAAGAUGAGGUUAUAUUUCUGGUAUAAUAAGCUACCUUCCUCUUCUUCCACCUGGUGAACAAUUGUAUGUAAUCAAAACAGAAAGUACCUUUUUUUUGGUGUGUGGUUUAUGAAAAAGGAGUUCUAGUAAAGGACUUCUAAUGAAAAGUGCAUUUGGGUAAUCUGGACAUAUAUAAGAAAAUCCAGCAAUUCUUCACAGCACAGUUUUCACAGCUAGAUUUUUUUAAAGUCUCCCUGUUGUGGGCUAGAGUCUUUUAAAAUAACAAUAGCUUUGUAUGUCGCUGUGGAAGAAGAAACCCAAAGACUGCAUUACAGUUACCACCCUGCAGUUUGCUAUUGUCCACAUGCUUCACAAAAACAAGGAGAACACCUCACUCAGUAUUGCUUGAACUGCACUGUGUACAGUUGCAUGCAAUUUGUACAAUUUUAUUUUUAUAUUUGGGAAUACACACAGUAUUUGAUCUAGAUAGAGUAACUAAUUUUAUGCACUGGUUAGUGCUCUGUUUUUAAGUGGGAGCAUGAUUUUAUUCUUCAGGCUUCUUUAUGUGGUAGGUACGUAUCUUGAAAGCAGGGGGUUUAUGCUGCUCUGGGUCAGUGCAGUGUAUCUGAAGUGGGAGUUUUCAUUCCUGUAAUUGCAUUUAAGUAUUUAGCCAAUAGAAAGAACUCUCGGAUUUUAAAUAGUGGUUGAAGAAAAGAAGUCAGAACUGUAUGUUUACACUACAGAACUUUACCUGAAUGUACUUUCUGCAAUGCAAGUAUUAAACAACUUAGAUAUUGGGGUAAUUGGUUUUCAGUUGGGGUUUCCUUGUUUGGUUGGUUAAGUUGGUUGAUUUGGAUGUGGGUAGCGUGGGUUCUGAAUUAGCUUGAAAAUGGUCUGUGAUAAGGGACCACAAAAAAAUACUAGAAAUAUUUUAAAAAAUACCAGGUUAUUAAUUAUCCUUAAAGUUGAUCUUUAUUUUCCAUAGUGAAUUUGAAUAUAGGCUAUCAUAGCUACAGAAGUCAUUUGAAAGUAUUUCCAUUUUAAGAAAUUAAUACCAGUAGAAAAGUCAAAGAUACCAUAGGUCUGUGUACGUUUUAGUUAGAGGAAUGGUAAUAGCCAUUUUGUUUGAAUUUCCUGCGUACUUGAAAGACAGUGAUUAGACAGGUGAAUCCUUGUGUGCUUACAUACAUGGGAUGAGACUUACAAUGAAAGGGACCUUUUCACAACUUCUGUGUUUGCCUGUGUGGCUGCUUGUUAGAGAUGGGCAAGAGGGGAAACAGGAAGUGAAACACGGGUGGAAGGAGGAGAGCAAAACAGAAAAUGGCAUUUUUUGGAGGCGAAUGCUAUUUGGUUUGGCAAACUGUUAUUAAGCAUCUUAUUUGGGCUUUUCCUUUUGUGUUGGCAUUGCUAUUGUAUGGAUGGUUUAGUGGCCAGCUCAGAAGUUAUUAAAGUAUUAUUGAGUAAGUGUGGAUGUUCAUAAACUGUUAGGUACAUUCACAAAGCAAGAUAAUAGUUUAGGAUGUUAGGUAUGACAGGAUUUUGCAGUUUUGCUGUAAGCAUUGUUUGGGUUUUGGUUUUUAUUCCCCAAGAUACCCAGCUGACAGCAAACUCAAAAAAAGUUUUAACUGAGUAAAUUUAACACCAUAUUUUC